AUGCGUGCCUCGUUUUACGUCUUCGUCCUCGCCACUCUCGCUUUGCUGUCCUUGGUCACGGGGGCUCCCCUGAGCGCACUGGCCCCGGUCCAGGCCCAGGGACGGUUCACCACCGUGACGGCCUCCAUGGUCGUCAGACCAGCGAGCGUGCCGACCUCAACGGCCGGGUCUGUGGCGAGGAGUGGUACCCGUCAUGGUGUACCAUGGGUGACACUGGUUGUAAGGGAAGAGCGUGCCACCGACACGCCUGAACCUGGGUUGGGAGAGGAAUUCCCACUUGUUGGUCCUGCGAUGACGACCCCAUCUUUACCAACCGCGUCGGCUACAUCGUCGGUGUCGCCGGAGCACCAUCCCGUCCACCGACCAGUGCAUCAGCUGGAGAUGUUAGCGGACGCCUUCACCGGCUCACAACUCGGCGAGAUAGUCGAUGAUCUCCGCCCGAGCCACAGUCGCGAUGAUGGUGAUAGCGUCAACCGACCUGCAGAUGAGUUGGGGAUGUUGGCGGAAGCCCUCUCCAGCUCACGAAUUGGCGAGAUAGUCGAUGAUCUCCGCCCAAGCCACAGUCGCAAUCAUAGCGAAUUUAAGCCAUACGGGUGCGGAAUCGGCCUCUUCUCUAAUAUGGAAGCCGGAAGCGGGAUGUUCGGACAGUGCUGCAUCGACCAUGACAUCUGUGUUGGCGACUGUCCGACAGACGACCUCCCCUCGUGCAACGACGCGCUUCUGCAGUGCAUGAAUGACGUGUGUGAGCACUUGGAGGGCGGCUUCGUCGGGUGGCUGAGGAAGCAGUGGUGCUGGGUGCAGAGGGACAUCUACGACGGGUCGGUCAGGGAUCCGCAGGCGCGGGACCAUUUUAUGGACGUGUCGCGAGAGCGGUGCCAUUGCGUCGAGGAUGGCUUAUGA